AUGUUCAAAGCUUUAUCAGCUCUUCGAUCCUUUUGUCUCAUCCUGGACAGCAGUUGGUUCUGCGAGGAAGCCGAGAAAGUACCGGUCUUUUCGGAGCCUCUGGCUGGACUGGAGAUUGAUCAUCGUCGACGUGAUCGAACAAGUCAACAGCAAGGGGAAGACAUGGGUCUCUCCUCAUCUUCGCCCUAUCCGUCAGUUGCAAUGGCCGCGGAGAUCGUUCCAUCAGCGUCGAGACCCAUGACGAGUCAAAUGGCAAUGAAUCACCGCGUCGAUGCAGGACUUGGGCUCUGA